ACACAGCCAAACCACAACACAUCCAAACAUGCUACCCACCAAGUCAGCCUCCAAGAAACGCAAACGAGUCAAGGUCGUCGAUGGAAGCAGUCUGAAAACCAAGAAACCACUGGGGAUCGAAGAAUAUCCUAACCUAGAACCAUCCCCAGAAGAACUCGAUCUGGAGGAAGCUGUCUUCGGUUUCGCCCCACUAUCCAGAUCAACUCAACUAGACACCAACAACUCAACCCAAUCUGCCCUUCCCGAUGAGGAUCACCACCCUCAGAAAGAACUCACCCAGCUCGCUGAUGAUCAGUUGUUUAUCUUCGAUGAGGCCAAUCAAUCUACUCCUGGAGAUGAAAAUCCCAAGAAGAAAUCCGAAAAGACUGAUCAUACCGAGCGAAGACCAAAGAUGUCUGAGAGGAUACCGGCUUGGAAGGAUGAAUCGACAAAUCAAGUCUCAGUCUCACUUACCCACGGACCUAGUCGACUCAAGAAACUAAGGACGUUAGAAGAUCAAGAUGAUGAUGAGAAAAAGAUCACGAUCAGUGGGGAAGAAUAUGAGAAACGAUUAAGAUCACAGUUCGAGAAGAUGAAUCCAACACCGACCUGGUUGAACGAUCGUCGAGGAUCAAAGAAGACUCAACAACAACAGAUCGAUGGUCAGGAGGGAGAAGAGGACGAGGACCAAGUCGGUUUCGGAUUAGAUCUUAUUCUUCAAUCUACUGGGGAUCUUAGUCGGCAGAAGGUCACCAAGAAAACUCGGAAGGGGGUCCUGCCCAGAGGUCAACUUCAGGUCGAGAGACUUCGAGACGCCAAUCAAGCCGAGCCUGAGAAAACGAAAUCAUCGCCGAUCUCCUGUCUCCAAUUCCAUCCACAUUCCGAUAUCCUCUUCACCGGCUCGGCGGAAUCUAAGCGACUCUCAUUCUUUAAGAUCGAUGGCACCCAUAAUCCGGCACUCCAUUUCGUUCACACACCCGAUCUGCCGAUCCAAGCCGCCGAAUUCUGUCCCCCAUCGACCACCAACGUCUCCUCGACCGUCCUCAUCACCGGCCAUCGACCUUACUUCUACACCUUCGAUCUCCAAAGCUGCCAAUGUAUCAAGAGCCCGCAAGGCCUCUUCCACAAAUCUGUCUUCUCUCAAUCCAGUCAAGGCACCUCCUUGAGCCAUUUCAAGUUCUCGCCUCAGGGGAAUCUGGUCGCCUUUGUGGGGAUGAACGGGCUUAUAGAGCUGGUCGAUUGGUCAAAUAACAUCAGCUCAUCUCAAGUGAUCCAUAGCUUGAAAUCGAACACUCCGAUCAAGAGUUUAGCCUGGUCGAGGAACGGCACCGAGCUCUUGACGGUCGGCAGUAAUGCGGAAGUCUCGAUCUGGGAUCUCAGGAUGAACAAGAUCCUAGGUAGUUGGAUGGACGAUGGCGGGUUCAAGCCGACCAAGAUCUCCACAACCGACCAAGACUCUGGUCGGCUGGCUCAAGACUCUUCGUCAUAUACGGCUGUCGGCAGUCAGACCGGAAUCGUCAAUCUGUACUCCGAUCUGAAUAGCUCCCCUUCCUCCUUCGUCGACUCCUUUCAAAACCCUCGGAAACCUUUCAAAACUGUCGGCAAUCUGACGACCUCUAUCAACCGAAUUCAGUUCAAUCCCGACGGUCAGAUGCUCGGGAUUUCGAGUCAAGUGAAAAAAGACAGUUUUAAAUUGGUCCACGUGAAAUCUGGAACAGUCUUCUCUAAUUGGCCCACUUCUAAUACGCCGUUAGGACAUGUAAUCGACUUCGAUUUUAACUCGAAUUCUAAAUAUUUGGUCACUGGUAAUAACCGUGGUAAAGUGUUACUGUAUUCUCUUAAGUUUUGGGAAUGAUCUCUGUUCUCUUUCUCUUGUUCUUUUUUUUUUUU